AUGUCCGACCACCAGUACAAGUUCAAUGUGUCCAUGAGUUGUGGUGGUUGCUCUGGCGCUGUUGAGCGGAUCCUCAAGAAAUUAGAAGGUGUCAAGUCCUUCGAUGUCAACCUCGAAUCCCAGACCGCAAGCAUCUCCACCGAGCCUACUGUUUCCUACGAUACCGUGCUAGCCGCGAUUAAGAAGACUGGAAAGACUGUGAACAGUGGAGAGGCAGAUGGCCAAACCAUGAGCGUUUGA